GCCCAAUAGGAAGCCAGAGAGCCAACAGCCGACGGUUGAGUCGCCCAGUGAAUGCCAUCGCCAAGCCCUGUGGAGCCAAUCAGCAGAGGCAUUGGGAGGGCGCGUUCCGGCGCCCGCGGAGGCGAGCGGGCGCUGCGGCAGGAGCGAAGAUGGCUGACGAGGAGAAGCUGCCGCCGGGCUGGGAGAAGCGCAUGAGCCGCAGCUCAGGCCGGGUGUACUAUUUCAAUCACAUCACUAAUGCCAGCCAGUGGGAGCGGCCCAGUGGCAACAGUAGCAUUGGCAGCAAAAACGGGCAGGGAGAGCCUACUAGGGUACGCUGCUCACACCUGCUGGUGAAACACAGCCAGUCAAGGCGGCCCUCAUCCUGGCGGCAGGAGAAGAUCACUCGGACCAAGGAGGAGGCCUUGGAGUUGAUAAAUGGCUACAUCCAGAAGAUCAAGUCAGGAGAGGAGGACUUUGAAUCUCUGGCAUCUCAGUUCAGUGACUGCAGCUCGGCCAAGGCCAGGGGAGACCUGGGUGCCUUCAGCAGAGGUCAGAUGCAGAAGCCCUUUGAGGACGCCUCAUUUGCACUGAGGACGGGGGAGAUGAGUGGCCCAGUGUUCACAGAUUCUGGCAUCCAUAUCAUCCUGCGCACAGAGUGAGGGCUGUCUGCUGUCCAUCCGUCCGCCCCCCCUGCUGAGGGCCUGCAGGGGCGCUGGCCUCAGCUUCCCGCCAUGGAUGGCCAGUAGGUGCCCCUCCCUGCUACUGUCACACAGUAUUUAUUGUUCCCAAAAUGGCUGGGAGGGGGGCUCUUCGAGAUAGGGGCUCUGGGCUUCCUGCUCCCUAUCUACCUGCAGUUGGGGCUGUCCUUGCCAGACUUCUGAAGAAAAUGAUUUCAGAAGGGCAGUGGGGUGGGAGGCCUCAGGCCUGGGGAGUGGGGUAACCUAUCCCCCAGGUCCCAGAGGCUGGCAGAAGGACCUUGGUUCUUGUUCAUUAAGCUCUGUUAAGUUGCAAAAAGCAAAUAUGCAGUGAUGCAUGGGCCUCAGGGUGCAGUGCAGUGCCCAGUGCCCUCCAUUAAACCUGGAAUUACAA